AUGGGUGCUCUGCGAAAAUCAUUGAGUAUUGUUGAGCGUUUGUCAGCACUAGAGGAGGAAACUGGUCAGAAGAAAGAUGGCGAAAGUUCUGACCUUGACCUUGAGAGUUUGAUGAUAACCAAUACAGUGACGGACACAGAAAUUGACACACUGGUCAGUGGUCUGGAAGAGGUCAAUAAGGUCUUGUCCAUUGCUCCCAGCAUGAUUGGCCAGCCAGGACGUACCCUUCCGGGGAACACAUUCGAAAUAAAAACCAAACCAAAUGACCCAUAUCCCAACUUGUAUCACUUUGCCGCGGCCAGUGGUCUGAUGGAAGCCCUUUUUGUAUUGUUGUCUGUUCCCUCCACGGCUGGGCACCACCAAUUAUUUCCUGUGAUAAACAAGCUCCUGAAGACUCUGGUCAAAACACAACAUGGCCUGCAGUUUCUGUCGUGUCGACCAGACGUCAUCAAUGGUAUCAUACGCUCAGCUGCCACACAAGACAAUGAAUACAGCAGGGAUGAACCGGUGGACGAUAACCCACUACACAGACUAGGACUAGAGGUAUUCCAUGACCUGCUCGCUCUUCAGUUUAUUGACCAGCUCCUUCAGUACCAGAGUAAAGAGGACAAGGAGAUGGAUGAGGUGGUGUCUAUCGAGGCACUCCACAAUCUGUACACAAUGACCUUUACCCCGGUGGGACGAGAGGCAGUUGUUCAUGUCCUUGGUCAGGACGAUAACUUGACCGCCAUUCUUCCCUUUGUGGAGCACACAGGGGUCGAGGAAAGAGAUGCACGCCUUAAGAAGUCUAUCUGUGCUGGGUACACACUCAACUUACUGUUGUUACUGACCCGACAGUCUAGUAACUGUUACAUUUACCAACAGUUUGGACAGCGCCUCUUGGAUAUCGCAGACAAGGACUACAGCAGUAAACUGUUGGACCUGAACGAAUGGCUGUCACCACUGAAGAGCAUUACAAGUUAUAAUCACGAAGGAGUAGCAUCAGCCAUAAUACAGCUCCGCCUCCACGCAGACAACCUCCAGAAAAUCCCACGUCCCUUGGUGACAGUGGUACGAAUACUACGGCACAUGAGCAUCGCCCCAGAGCGCAACUACCCCCAUGAUGAGCCAAUGGAAAUGAAGUACAAAUACAGCCUGUUGGAGAUGUACAGUGGGGACUGUCUCCACAUAUUUAUCAACAUUAUACAGAAAACCUGUGAGUUUCUGCUGCGGCCAUGGCAACAGGGUUUUGUGCCUAGUUCUGACCAAAUCUACUACCACAUAUCCGUCAUAAUACCUACGAUGAACAUGGUCCGAGCUAUGCUAGCCAGUCUAAUUCAGGCCAGAGGAGUGGAGUUCCAUGACCUGAACUUCCUGCCCGUGCUGUUUGAGCUCCAUACAGUAUUAUGUUCUGUACCGCUGUCAUCCAUGUUCCUGGAGGAGGUGCACAUCAUUCAAAAAGAAGUGAUUGACACCCUGAUGGCCUACACACAACCAGAAAUACAGCAAGCUGAUAAUGAAGAAGCUCUGAGCCAAAGUCUGUGGACUAAAGUGAUCAAGGAACUCCUGAAGUAUAUUGUCAAAGCUCCUUACACGUACCUCAGUGGCCUUCUUAUACUGUCAGAGUUACUGCCCUUACCUCUUCCUCUUCAGACAAAAGAGCCCCUGAGUGUGGAGGAGUCAUCUCGAGCCAUUAACAUGCGUAAGUUGUGGAGCAUGCACCUGUAUGCGGCCACACCCCAGCUACAGGAAGUGAUCCAGCUACUGUCCACCUCCACGUGUCAACCUUUACAACACAUCCUGCGCCGUGUCUGCUGGCAGCUGUCUGACUUGUCAGCCCACAUUGCCCUUGUGAUCACAAGGUGUGUGUUAGACAUUGUGAUUGAGAGUUUCCAGACGAUGAAAGUGACUCGGUUGGAGGACAAGGGAGAUGGGGAGGCUGUGGAAGAGAUGGAGGAAAGGAUUGCAUCACCAUAUGCCAGCAAGAUGUUGAAUCUCCUCGCCUACGUCCUCUCACAACCCUCCAUCAAAUGUGCCACGCUACAGCUCACUAACAAGUCAGGGCCAGCUGGAGAGGAGAAGUAUGUGGAACUGUUUCCUCAGCUGUUACAGAUCCUCAACACAGUGUGUGACCGUGUCCCCCACAUACAGGCCCAGGAAUGUAUCGUGUCAAUCAUUCAGAGUAUGUGUGAUGUUGAGGUUGCAAUAGUGAUGGGAGACGCCUUCACCAUCCAAGACCAGAUAGCCCAGGCGUUACCCAGUAAGGAGUACAUGCACCAGAUCACUAACUCACUGCUUGACCAUAUGGGCAACCCCGACCACAACUAUGCUUCCAUACUGCCGUGUGUCCGAACCCUCGUCAUGUUCACUGACCAUAACUAUGGCUUCUUCCACCUCAAAAGUCUGUUGGAGCAGAAGACAACAGCUCUUGGUCGCUUGAUGGUCCGUAUCAACACAACAUUUAGCAAGGACAGUUCCGACUGUCUGUCUACGCUUUCCACAUUACUAGAGUUUCUGCGCCUGCUAGUGGAGAUUCCGGAGGACGGACCAGAACUGACACGAACCUACACCUUGACUCAAACGGAGCUACAGGCUGUGCUAUCAUGGAACCCUAGCAUGGAGAAUCACCCUCUUCUCGACCUUGAAAAACUGCUGGAGGACAGUGCUAAGGAGGAGGAGAGUCUGGAGAGUUUACUGGACAAUAUGGUCAGUCUGAUGAAGAUGCUGAGAGAACCCAGUACAGAUGCCCAGGACAAGCCAGCUGUAGUGGAGCCCAUUCUCCCCCCUACAGAGCCACUCAAUGCUAUGUUUAACAUGCGGGCUGUGUUUGUGGUCACUGAUGGCGAGGAUGAGCGUCUAAGCCCUGCCUACUGGCUGGCAAAUCCUGUAUUAGACGAGGCAGAUAUUGAGCCAGAUAUGAUACGCUUUGACAUGGAAAGCAUGUGUGUAAAACACUGUCCAGAGUUUAAUCUCGAGGAGGAACUCAAGAAGACGACCAUGUCCUCGACUGAGGAACUCACUCGACCCCGCAGGCUCAAACAGGGUGAUAGGAGAAAGUCACAAGAGAUCAGUAUUAAUAGAGGCAGAGGUUUCAGACGACCAUUUGUUGCUCCGAUGCGAGGACGAGGUAUUGCAAGAGGCAUGAUGAACAACAGUGGACGUGUGGAUUCGUUCCGCUCUCGGCCUCCAAACACGAGCCGACCUCCGUCAAUGCAUGUGGACGAUUUCAUGAAGUUGGAGAAGGGUUCCCAGGGUCAACAACCUCCAGCACAGUCACUCACUCCGAUACCGGAGCGAAGAAUGAUGGGAAAGGAGAUGAAUCGAGGAGGUGGUCGAGGAGGCCGGGGAUUUGACCGUGGAGGAUUUGAUCGUGGUGGUGGAGGAAGGGGAUACAGAGGCGGGCGCUUCUUCACACCACCCUCAAACUACAAUCGUAACAAUGACAGAACAACGGACACUAACUACAGUGACAGCAAUAGAGGGGGAGGAGGACGAGGCAGUUUCUACAAUAACAGACAGAAGUCCAGCUUCAACAGUCCUCGAUCUUUUGAGAGAGAAAAUGACGGUGGAGGUGGAGGUGGAGGUGGAGGCAGAGUGGGGCAAGGGGAGAGAAGAGGUGGCAAGGACUUCCGCUUCUCCCCUCAAGGUCGUGGGGGCUACUGGAACAAGGACCAGGAUGCUGGCAGCGGUGGCAGAUUUGGUGGCCAGAUCUUCCGAGGAGGACGACGGGAGUAUGCGGGACAUCAUCAGCGGUCCUUCACCAAAUAGACAUUGCCAAAAUCAGCUAAACUUUUCAAGUCAGACUUGUUUAGGUUCCCCAAAAGGAAAUUCAUUGGAAACAAAGAUUAUCUUACUUGCAGCGAUGUAAAUGAAAAUAGAAUCAAAAGUGUGUGUCUGUAAAUAACAGUGAAUAUUGAUAUUUCAAUAGUAAUGGUAUGGGAAGUAAUUUUUCCAGAUCAUCAGAUUUUAUACGGACAAGGGUUCACUGUCCAAGAAUGUACUGUGCACCAAGUAUAUGGAAAUUUGGAGAACUGACUUUUGAAUUUGUACUUCUUACAAAGAUUUUGCAAAGAUUUCAGUUCUUCAACUGGACAGUUAAAGAUACAUUGUCUUUUAAUACGAGUUAUUAAGUAUUUGAUAGAUAUGUGAUUUAUGAUUUAUCACCUGAUGAUGGCAAAAAGAAUGAAAUAAAAAUAAACAAAAACGUUAAUUUCUUCCAAACAACUUAAUAAUUGCAACUAUUAAAAAAAAAAAAAAGAUAACAUUAAUUCCACUUCAAUCAUGUACAGAAUGGAAGAGUUUAGCAAUGGGAGAUAAUUCACUAUUGUUCCUUAGGAUAAAUGUGCAAUUUACACAGACAUCUCCAUACUGACAUUUGUCUUGUUGCAUGGUAAUCACUUAUUAUUAGUAUGUACAUUGCACAUGCAUUUUUACAUUCAUGGUGAUACCAGUAAAUACAUUUUCGAAUUUUAUUGAGGGACUUUUAAUUGAAAGAAGAUUUUGACAAUAGAUUCAAGUUAACAAAAUUGUGUUCAAUUCACGAUUUUGAAAACUAUGAUACGUAUUGGUAAUUAUCAGAAGAGUGCUUGUCAAACAGACAAAAUUGACUUUUUUAUGUCCACGACAUGAACAUUAUUGAUAUUCACAGUUUUACUUGAUUGUGCUUUGUCAUGUUUUGUGGAAUACAAUCAACCUAAAAAAAUAAAAUAUCUGAAGAAGAAAACACA